AUGAUGAAAAUAGCCACAUGUUACUUAAAACGUUUGGUGGUUGUAGCUUUGUUAGCUGCUUUUAUUUAUUGUGUGGUUCAGAUGUUUAGAUCUGAACUAAAAUUUGGUGAAAAUGAACUAUCAAAUAGUGAUAAAUUAUGGCAUAUUUCUCAGUUAAUUCGAGAAUCUAACAAGCAGAAUAAAUAUUUAGAGGAAGGAGUUCAAGCUUGCAAGCUUCCAGAAUUAGACGUAAAUAAUCCAGAGAUUUUAAAAUUCAUCCACAAUGUUCAACCACUCCAAUGUUCCCCUGAAGACUGGGUCAGUGUCCAAGGAUCUAAGGUUUUUAUUCAAGAGAAAGCUAAAGAACGUUAUGAAUCGAUAACUUGUGCCUUUAGUGAGAUUCUGAGAGUAAAUGACUAUGCUAUAGAAUUAACAAACCCUGAAGAGUCAGACGAUGUGUACAUACUCAAGCAAAGUGACUUUGUAGAUGUAAAAUGUGAAUCAAAGAAUGGAGACAAAUGGCACAGUGUACUAGCAGGAGUUAAAGAAGAUCCAGAAGUAAUGAAAAAAGUCUCCUGGAAAAAUGUUUCUAAAGAUGGAUUAAAAUUAAAUGUGUUAAUGUUUGGUUUCGACUCAUUAUCUCGUAAUACAUUUAUUAGAAAACUUCCCAAAACUUAUUAUUAUUUGAAGCAAAAUUUAAAUGCUCAAGUACUUGAAGGAUAUAAUAUCAUUGGAGAUGGAACUCCACAAGCAUUGAUUCCAAUUUUAACUGGGAAAAUUGAACUUGAAUUACCAGAAACAAGAAAACGAAUGGGUGCAAGUGCUAAUUAUGUUGAUGUUUACCCAAUGAUUUGGAAGAAAUAUAAAGACAGUGGUUAUAUAACAGGAUUUAUGGAAGAUGUUCAUCAUAUUGGGACGUUUACUUAUCGUUUGAAAGCGGGAACUCCUCGUCAUAUGCUGAUGUUAAAUUAUAUCAAGAACAUUUUUGACACUUACAAAGAUAAGCCAAAAUUUAUAUUUGGAUUUCAUGGUGAAUUAUCACAUGAUUCUUACAAUGAUAUUGGAGUAGCAGAUGAUGAUUUAUAUCAAUGGGUGAAAGAUUUACAAAAUUCUGGACAUCUCAAUAAUACAAUAUUAAUUCUAAUGAGUGAUCAUGGUCAUAGAUUUGCUGAAAUUAGAAACACUCUAGCAGGAAAGCAAGAAGAAAGGCUUCCCUUUUUUUCUUUUAUCUUUCCACCUUGGUUUAAACAAAUUUAUCCUCGAGCUUACGCUAAUUUUGUCUACAAUACAAAACACCUUUCAACACCAUUUGAUAUUCAUAAGACUCUUGAGACAAUUUUAAACAUGGAAACUCCUAAAGAUGCUGAUACCAGUCAAAGGGAUAUUAGUUUGUUUGAUAAAAUUCCUCUUGAUCGGACCUGUGCUGAUGCUUUUAUUGAACCUCAUUGGUGCGCUUGUUUAAGUUGGCAAGAAGUUCCACCUAAUAAUUCUAUAGUAGUAAAUGCAGCAAAUAGUUUCGUUAAAUUUUUAAACUCUUAUACUCAAGAGCACCGCGAUAUUUGUGAAAUUUUGACACUUGGAGAAAUUAUUUGGGCUUCAAAGUUAAUUCCUACCAAAGGAUUAUUACACUUUGAGAAGUCAAGUGAUAGAGAUGGAUUUAUUGGAGAUUUCAGUGCUAAAACUCACCUAACAAAUGAAAUUUAUCAGGUCAAAGUUAAAACAGAACCUGGAGGUGGUCUUUUUGAAGCUAGUGUAUAUCAUGAUAUUGCCAAAAAUACUUUCAGUACAAAAAUUUCUCAUGUCAGUAGGAUAAAUAAAUAUGGAUCUCAAGCAAGAUGUGUAGAAAAUGAGUUCUUUCAUUUGCGCAAAUAUUGUUAUUGCAAAAAUUAA